UGUACGCAAGCAUAAAUACGAUCGCUUUCAGAAUCAUCCACCAGUCGUAGUUCGUUUCUUAACCAUGAUGGUAACUAUUGAGCAGUUGAACAGAAUUGUAACGGAAUGUGGUAAUUACGAUCCUGUCAAAGAAGUUGUGGCAUCGGAAGUCGUCAAACAAAUUAACGACCCAAACAAUGGAUUUAGCAGCAACAACGAGGUGGCGAUGUUACUCGCUCAUCUGAUUCAUGAGAGUGGAGGCUUCAAGCACCGGGAAGAAAAGAAGGAAAGUAGAAUAAAUCAAGAGUACCAUAAGUACCAUGGCCGAGGGUACAUUCAGCUUACCUGGCAAGAGAACUACGAAGCGGCAUCGAUGGACCUUUUUGGAGACUAUAGAUUAAAGGAUAAUCCGGAUCUUGUGUUAAGUAGUGUGAAAAUGUGCAUGGAAGUAUCGGUUUGGUAUUGGAAGGCGAUAGUACGGAAAGCUGUCAAAAAUAAGUUUGAAGAUUUUUACCUCACAACCAAAGCCAUAAACGGUAGAAUCGAAAACAGUCCCGCACAUGAGACAGCAAAAACUCGGAACAAAUACUAUCGUAUAGCCAAGAAAAUCCUUGAUGAGAAGUCAAAUGGUGGGUUAAAUGUCACGACCUGUGUGGUCGCGGUUGUUGCAGUAGCAGCUGCAGGUGUCGGAUUGUGUGUUUGGGGUUUCCCCGCGCUUCUUGCGUGUUGUUGCUUGUAGUCAGCUUUGACAUUUUUUGAUUUUGUGAUGUUAUAGUUUGUCGAUAGAUGGGAGAGAGUAAUUCCUCGGCAAACGACGAGCAAUAAUAAAGUG